AUGAUGAAGUCUCGUGUGGUGUCCUCCCUCAUUGUGGACAGAAUUCGUGCAAAACCAGAGCUGAAGCCAGUUGAGAUUAUACACGAGUUCAAAGAUUAUUAUGGUAUAGACAUUUCAUACUACCAUGCAUGGUUUGGCAAAGAGUUAGCUAAAUUGAACGUUCACGGUGAUGAGUCGAAGUCCUUCAACGAGUUAGUGUGGUAUGCGGACGCUGUAAAGGAAACUAACCCUGGUUCUCUCUGCACUCUUGAAUGUGAAGCUGGAAUUAAUCGCUUUAGACGGUUUUUUGUGUCGUUUGGCGGUUGCAUUGCUGGAUUUCAAUAUUGCAUACCCUUGUUGUUCGUUGAUGCUACGUUUUUGAAGAGCAAGUACAAGGGGCAGCUUCUCUGUGCUUCCGGAAAGAAUGGAAAUCAAGGGUUUUAUCCUCUAGCUUUUGGAGUUGUUGAUUCUGAGACGGAGGAGAAUUGGACUUGGUUUCUUCAACAUUUGGCUUCUAUUUUGCUACCAAUGGGGAGAGUGGUGACCUUUUUCUCGGAUCGCAAUCAGGGUUUGUUAAAUGCAAUGGGGUUUGUGUUUCCUGGAUGGCCUCAUUCUUACUGUUACUAUCACCUCAAACAGAAUUUGAUAUCGAAGUACCCGAAGUCAGGUUAUGGGAAAUUGCUCCAAGACCGUGUUAUCAAUUUAUUUAGUAGGUGCACAUAUGCUGUUACAGAGGAAGAGUUUACGGUAGCAAUGGAGGAGUUGGUGAUUGUUGGGAGUUCGAAAGUGAAGACAUUUAUAUCUAAUUUGUCUAGAGAUCACUAUGCGAACGCAUAUUUCAAAGGAAUGCGGUAUGGGGAGAUGGCAAAUAGUUUAGCGGAGUCAUUUAAUAAUUGGGUUGGUGUGUUUCGAGAUUUGCCGGUGCUACCUUUGAUAGAAGGGAUUCGACAGAAAUUGAUGGUAUUGAAUUCUCAACGACGAAUUGAAGCGGAGAAGUGGACAACAAUUUUGUGUCCGGAGAUGGAAACUAGACUGUGGGAAAAUGCGGAGGCAGGUAGGACUUGGUUAGUUCGUCGUUCUAGUUUCACUGUUUUUGAAGUAUUUGCUGAUUAUUCUGUGAUGGUUGAUCUUGAGCAAAGGACUUGUUCUUGCCGUCUUUGGCAAAUUGACGGUUUUCCUUGCACGCAUGCAGUAGCUGCAAUUCUAGCAAAGAAAGAUUCAAUUUAUGAUUACGUGGAGUGUUACUAUAGGACUGACUUCUUUCGAAAAGCCUAUGAGAGUCCUAUUUUUCCUAUUCCAGAUAUUGGGAAAGGCUUGGGCAACAAUAGUUUUGCAGCUGGAGUUGUGCUUCCGCCAAUUACAAAGAGGCCAGCCGGAAGACCACCAACAAAGAGGAUCAAAGCUUUUGGUAAAUUUAAAAGGCCAUUGAAAUGCAAUCCGUGUAGUGUUACUGGGCAUAAUAGGAAGACUUGCAAGGCUGUGAUAUGA